GUGAGUCUCCGGUCCGGCCCGCCCUCCGCUCAGAUACGCGCCGCGCUUCCGCGCUCUCCUGCCGAGCGGGGGCGGAGCCAGGCUGGUCACGGGGAAGAGAGACCCGCACAGCUGCGGCUUGUUCCCGGGGGAAGGAAGAGGCUCCCAGGGCGAGAGUCAUGGCUGCGUUCGUGGAGCUGAGCACCAAGGCGAGGAUGCCCCUCUUCGGGCUGGGCACUUGGCAGGUACUGGGGGGCAAAGCGGGCGCAGGGACCACCCGGCUGCAGCUGCUGCUUUUGCAUUUUGCCCUUUGCAGCGCGGCGCCUUCAAAGCUGCCCGGGCUGCAGGCGGGAGUUGCGCGCCUGGCUGCUUUUAAGCCUUUCCUCCAUUUAUUUCUUUUCCUUGCGCAGCUGGAGGGAGAGGGAGACCCGCUUGCUCGGCGGAGCGCUUAGCCGCCGUGCCUUUCCGCACGUUUGCUCCGCGCAGCCGGGAAAGGAGGUCGGCCUUGCAGCGCUUUGGAGCGACUUCUAUGCAACUCUUUCCCUUCUCUGCUUUUUAUUGCCUAUAUUCAGCUCGAUUCGGGUAAUAUAAGGUUCAUCCAAAACCGGGUGCGUUUCCAGGACGAACGUUUCCUUUAAAUUGUGCUGCUUCGGCCCGAAAAAAACGCACAAGCCUCGUUCUCACGUGCAGAUGGUUUUCUCGGAGUGCCUGCACGUGAGAACUCCGCGGCGCUUGAGAGUCAUCAAAGCAGCUGCAGGUCCGAUUUUGCUUAUUAGCAAUUGAGAGGCGUGUUCUCCCCAAAGUUGCCUUGGUUCCAUUUUUAAGCAGUCCAAGGCAGUGGUUGUCGCCAUUAUCUUAUGACUUGCGCGUCCAGGGAGUUUUAUUCUGCGCCGUGAUAUCGAAAGUUUUUUUAGUUUUUAUUAUUAUUAUCUUGAAUCAGCUGGCAGCCAGUUUCAUUGGAUGGACAGGAGACCUAGUAUAGGAGAGGGGGAGAGAAGAAAAUCGUACUUUGUGCAUGCACGUUCACAUAUGCCUGCCUGCUGCUCUCAGCGAUAAUUUGCAUUUGUGGAUGGGGCCGUUGCCAGCAUCCUCACACAUAGAACUCGUUUCCUCUUGUUGCCUUGUAGCCCCUCAGUUCCAAGUGGUUCUCAGUUGUCAGUUCAGACGUUUUGCUGCCAGACAUCACCUCUGAAGUGUCUUGCAGGACCUGGUGACUUGCGUGUGUGAAUGGCCAGUGCAGAAUUCAUAUCAGAGAGAGCGGUUUCCUUUCUCCUCUCGUCAACUCGCCCAAAAGCUUUUCAGAGGAGUCAGUUCCCAUGCAGUUUCCAGUCUUCCAAGUUCAUAGUCAUCAAGUGAGGUACAAAAGCAUCUCUUGUAGUUGCAAUGACCCCAAAUGAACAGUAAGCCCAUUAGGACGGCCUCUCAGUUUCCAGUUUAGUGGCAGAAUUUGUAAGCCAAGGCAGUUCACUCCUGGCUUUACUCUUCUCGAACAUUCAUCAGCGAUGUGGAAUUCCUGGCAAAUUUUAAACUGGAAAAUGUUCCUGCACCCAUUUUCCAAUUCAAAACAAUUUUCCUCUGCGGACAUUGCAGUUGGCAUGAGAAUUCCCCCCCCCCCCAGUGUUCUAGAUCGUGAUCCAGUGUAGCCCGCUUAUUAUAUUAGUAGACAAAUCCUAAAUAUGCUUAGUAUUUGUGGUAAAAAGCAUUUGAUUGAAAUUUUAAAAUGUUUAAAAUUUCUGAGGGUUUUGAAUAUUGAGGUUCAAUUUAUGUUUCGAAUUUCUUUACAUUGUAUAAUUUCUGGCAUUGUAAGCCGCUUUGCAACCUAGACAGUGAAAAGCAGGUUAUAAUUGUUUAUAGUGUCUGUGUGUGUGUGUGUGUGUGUGUGUGUGUUUAAAAAAGCUAAAUGCUUUGAAGCUGCCAAGCUUGGCUAACAUUGGGUUUGCAGUUGGCAUCCAUCUAUUGUACUAAUUAAUUUACGAAAAAGUAAAGCGCUAGUAAAUUAUCCGUGUCUCAUUCAUACACACAGCAGACUUUGCUCAUUGUUGCUGCAGAGGAAUUCAUGGGUAGAAAUGGCAAAGAAGCAGAUUUUGGUUAAACAUGAGGAGCCCUGUUCCUAAGGGUAAUAAGAGGUGUUCAGCAGUAGACUAGCCUGCUUUGGGAAAUACCUUUGAACAGAGGCUGGUCGGUGUUUGAACAGAGGCUGGCCGGCCAUCUGUCAGAGAUGCUGUAAUUGCAUCAUAUGUUGAACAGCGAGUUGGAUAACAACCCCCAGAUCCCUAUCAAAACUACAGUGACCUAGCAUAGGUCAGCGGUAGAGCUUCUGUCUUGCAUGCAGAAGGUCCCAGGUUCAAUCCCCGGCAGCUCCAGGUCGGACUGGGAGAGAUUCCCUGCCUGAAACCCUGGAGAGCUGCUGCCAGCCAGUGUGGACAAUAUUGAGCUAGGUGGACCAAUGGGUCUGGCUCGGUAUAAGGAAACUGCCUUAUGCUGCUGUUGUUCUUGGCAUCCAUCUGUCUUGGGAGACAGUGGAGGAGUUUACCUUUGGGGGUGAUGUCAAACUGUUGCAGCGCCUGCUUCCAGUUGUGCUUCUGCAGAUGCACCAGGGCGUCUGUGCUCCUCCCAGCCGUCAUUCCUCCUCUGGUCACUGCUGUGGAUACACAACCUUGACCGUCUGUCUCCAGGCAGUCUGAGGUCGUCAGCGGGGUUGAUGUUGCCAGCCUUCAUGUCACAACUGCAGACAUAUUUGUUACACAGAGUUGGUCUGCCAACGGGCCUGGUGCCUGAAGCCAGCUCCCCGUACAGCACGUCCUUGGGGAUCCUGCCUUUAUCCAUUUGGUGGACAUGACCAAGCCAGAGUAGACUUUGUUGAGACAGGAAUGCAAACACACUGGGAAUGUGGGCUUGGGAGAACACAUCUUGGUUUAAGACUGUGCUGCCAUGUGAGGCCCCAAACCUUCCUGACACAGCGCAUGUGGAAGGUGUUGAGGUGUCUCUCCUGUCAGUCGCUCCUGUCGGCCUUGGUCCAGUAUACCUGAAGGAGCAUCUCCAGCCCCAUUGUUCUGCCCAGACGCUGAGGUCCAGCGCUGAGGGCCUUCUGGCAGUUCCCCCACUGCAAGAAGCCAAGUUACAGGGAACCAGGCAGAGGGCCUUCUCGGCAGUGGCACCCACCCUGUGGAACGCCCUCCCACCAGAUGUCAAAGAGAAAAACAACUACCAGACUUUUAGAAGACAUCUGAAGGCAGCCCUGUUUAGGGAAGCUUUUAAUGUUUAAUAGGUUAUUGUAUUUUAAUAUUCUGUUGGAAGCUGCCCAGAGUGGCUGAGGAAACCCAGCCAGCUGGGCGGGGUAUAAAUAAUAAAUUAUUAUUAUUAUUAUUAUUAGUUGUCAGUUGACCACGACACAUUUCCAUAAUGCAGUGUGCACAACACGCAAGACCAUCUUGGUCAGGGGUCAGCAAACCUCUUCAGCAGGGGGCCAGUCCACUGUCCCUCAGACCUUGUGGGGGGCCGGACUAUAUUUUGAAAAAAAUAUGAAUGACUUCCUAUGCCCCACAAAUAACCCAGAGAUGCAUUUUAAAUAAAAGGACACAUUCUACUCAUGUAAAAACACGCUGAUUUCCGGAUCGUCCGUGGGCCGGAUUUAGAAGGGGAUUGGGCCGGAUCCGGCCCCCGGGCCUUAGUUUGCCUACCCAUGAUCUUGGUACUGGGAGUUAGCAUCACGUUUUCCCAUACCCUUUUGGAGAGGCGAGCCAUUGAAGUAGCUGCAUUGCCAAUAUGCUUGUCCAGCUCAGCGUCAAGGGAACUGAUUAUGGUGAAACUCAGACAAAACAGUUGAUAAGUCUCUGUAGAGUGUCCCUGGAGUGCCCUGUCAAGGCUGCAUCGCCUGCAAACAACACCUCUCAAUUUAUAGUUCGUAGAGAAUUCGUAGUUAGAAUCAUCCGGUUUUUGGAAGCCUAAGAGUUGUUUCACGGUAAGCAUCACAAGUUUCUUUCCCAAGGGCCUUGUUGUAGAAGCGCAGCCAAGAGGAAAAUGUUGCCUUUCUCAUUCUGUUUGUUCAGCCUCAUAAAAGUAAUGGAAACAAUUUUAGAAAUAUAAAGACACGUUUCUGCCUCCUGCUGUCAUAAGGCAGCCUGAAAUUCCUCGGCCUCCCAAGACCCCCAACGCAACAUCCUCUCCCCAUUUUUCAUCUUUUAUUAAGGGAAUUGGCAUCUUAAUUCUCUUUUUUUCUACUUUUUUCUUUUUUUGCAGAUUGUGAAAUGAGGCAGAAAGAUCUGCUUGCCCCGCAAAGCCACAAACCCUAUUCAGGCAUCACUUGCACCAAUAAUGAAUAAUAAUAAUAAUAAUUUUUUAUUUAUACCCCGCCCUUCCCCGUUCAGAAAACCGGGCUCAUGGUGGCUAACAACAAAUUUAAAACACUUAAUUGUUGCAACAUAAAACAGCAUAAAAUACAGUAUAAAGCGUGAAUAACAAUAAAUUCAGAAUUCAAAAAUCAAUUUAGGGGGAAAAUCCAUCCAAUAAACAUUAGAUGAUCACCAGGGCUCGCUGGCUAAAUUAGUCCUAUUAGAGGAGACCAGGGGAGAAUUAGCUGUGGGAUCCCAGAGCGGGCAAUCUUCAUAAAAAGGGGAGGGGGAGGGAAGGAAGGGGAAUAAAAGAUCAGGCUAAGUUCAGAUUGAAAGCCAGGCAGAAUAGCUCUGUCUUACAGACCCUGCAGAAGGAAGUUAAAUCCUGCAGGGCCCUGGUCUCAUGGGACAGAGCAUUCCACCAGGUUGGAGCCAUCACUGAGAAGGCCCUGGCCCUGGUGGAGGCAGGCAUGGGGGGGAAUGGGGUUGUGGGGUGGUCAGGCGACUUCUCCCACCAUUGCUGUUCUUAGGCAUAACUUCUGAAAUGAGGAGCCAGUUCUGCAGAUGAAAUCUUUCUGCCUGAUUUAAUUCCCUAAGUUCUAAAUCCGAUGGGUCUCAUCACUGCUGUAUGAGAAGCACUGGUCUAGGGGAAGUUUAGCCAGCAUGGUUUUGCUGACUCAGAGUUAGCAGCAGAACUGUGGUGGAUCAGCCUUCCGUGAGCAAGAGCCCUCAGAAUGAGUGAUGGGAAUUGUAGUCCAAAACAUUUGGAGGGCAUCAAGCUGGGAAAUGCUGAUUUAGUUUGCAAGUCUUUGGAACAGGGAAUCUGCCCUUUUGCCUGUGCCGCUCUGCAAAGCACCAGAUGUAUGGGUGGAAGUUUGGAAUAUUUGACCCAGAUCAACAUUUUGUCAUAUCAACUCUAUACCCAGGUUAGCAUAACUGAAAUCCAAAUGGCUCCAGCAAACAAUUCCAGCAUUCUGGUGUCAAAUUGUUUUGCCUAUUUGGAACUAGUUUUGUGCAAGCUUUUUGAAGCUAGCAACUUGGGCAUCCUUUUCAUUCUUCCCUGAAAUUUGUUUUCCAAAUUGUAAAUCACAUUUCUUGUUUAUUGUGGGAAUAUAUGUUUUCGGAGUGGGGGGCAGGGUAGUAUGUGGUAAUAUUUGGUUUUUCUUUUUGUGGUAAUGUUUGAAAACGUUUAAUAAAUCUAGUUAGCAAUAUAUCUGACAUUUAUUCGAAUUGGGAAUGUUUGUUUGUUUUAGGGGGGGAAAGGCAAUUUGGUACAUUUCAAAGGCUGGCAGGGCUUGUUUUGGUGCUUGAAAAAAAAAUACAAAUUUUGUAUUUCAGGCACCUGUUGGAAAAGUAGGCGAAGCCGUUAAAUGUGCCAUUGACCUCGGAUACCGCCACUUCGACUGCGCCCACUACUACAAGAAUGAGGAUGAGAUUGGGAGUGCCCUCCAGCAGAAAAUCAAGGAAGGGGCUGUGAAACGGGAAGAUCUCUUCGUUGUUAGCAAGGUAAGGUUGUUAUUGCCUCAAGAAGAUUCCUCAGAGCCCCAGCCUGAGGUGGUUGAUUUUCAGUGAGAAACCAUCUUGGGAGCACAUUCUGGAUUGGGCCCUGGCUCCUUUCCCCGCUUCAAAAUAAACAUGGCUGGUUUGAGUGCUUGAAAAAAAAAGCAUGGCCAACAAUGUAUAGAUUGGUCCUGAGUACAAUCAACAGAAUAUUAUUUUCCUAUACUGUUAUCCCUUUUGGCUACAGGUGUGUGUGUGUGUGUGUGUGUGAGAGAGAGAGAGAGAGAGAGAGAGAGAGCUGUGAGGUGCAUGUCUGAAUGCUUCUUCAUGGUGAGAGUAAGGGAAAGGCCAUCGUGAAGAAACAGACACAAGGAAAAUUAUCAUGUCAGAUAUACAAGCCCUAAACUAGCUUUCUCCCAAGAUUUUAUAUAUUUAUUUCAUAAUGUCCAAACCGCUCUGCAUUCAGAGAAUACUCAAUCAGUGUGCAGAAAUAAUAAUACGGAGCAUAAAACAGUAUUUGCAUGCAAACAAACCCCAAUGAGAAUUGAAAAGUGCAGAAAUGGACUAAUUUGGGAAGUGUUGGGAGAGAGGAAAAGUUCAACUAAUGUCAAAAAUGUAACAGAGAGAGCUUGCUAUACUUCUUAAGUGAAGAGAAUUGGACUACAAUUCCCAUCAUCCCACUAGACAUUCUGGCUGACGCUUAUGGGAGUUGUUGUACUCCAACAACAUCUAGAGGGCCCCACGUUGGCUUUCCCUGGCCUAGGGUCUGCAACGGUUCCUUGGGUAAAGGACUCAUAAUCAGGGUUGAAAGUGAUGUUUUCUGCCAACUCGGCAGAGGAGACGGGUCAAUGUGCUGAUGGAUUUCUUCUUCCCCUGCACAGCUGUGGUGCACUUUCCAUGAGAAGCACUUGGUGAAGGCAUCAUGCCAGGAUUCUGUCUCUGCGCUGAAGGUGGACUACUUGGACCUCUAUCUCAUGCACUUCCCCAUGGGAUUCAAGGUAACAGCGAAGCCCCUCAUCAUCCCUUUCUGCUCAGUGGACCUUGGAUGUUACAGGAAGAUUCUCAACCCUCCCAAGAGGCGGGGUGGGACCUUGGGAGGUGGCCAACAGACAGAAACAUAACAAUUGCCCUUUUCUCUCCGCCAGGCCGGAGAGGAUUUAGUUCCCCGUGACGAGAAGGGUAUGGUCAUCCCCAGCAACACGGAUUAUCUGGGCACUUGGGAGGUAAGCUUGACUUGAGCUCAUUUUGAAGGUGCUUCAAUGAAUUCCAUCUUGUGGUUGAGCAGGAAAAUCAGGGAUGCAACAGAACUUGAAGCAGCCCACUAAGAUCUUGGACAAAGGUCUUCUCAUUCUCUAUUCCCUGAAAUCCUUUUUUCGAUCAGAGAUGAUGAACAUAGAGGCCAUAUUUUUUUUAUAAGCACAAACAGAGGAAGAUGCCUUACUUGUCCCAUCAGCACUAAGGCAGCAAUCACAAUGCCUUCUAGAUGUUGCUGGAUUACAAUUCCUAUCAUCCAUGCCCUUUGGCCAUGCUGACUUGAUGGGGGUUGGAGUCCUAGCAUUUGGAGUGCCCCAGGUUGGCUAUCCCUGCUCUACACUGACUGGCAGCGACUAUCCAGGGAUCUACCUGCACAUGGCAGGGAUUGAACCUGGGAUCUUUUGAAGGCAAAGCAAGUACUCUGCCAAAGAGCAACAGUCUCUCCCCAACCGAACAACAGGUCUCCUCACCUCCUGUGUGCUCUAAUGGUGAGAAAUACCAGUGCAUUCAUUGACUCAUAUUUCAGUCAAGCACAGGCAUUCCCAGUUCCAGUCAGGUGUAGGGAUUUUCAGCCAGAGUUGAGCAUCAUUGAGAAGUGCCUUACCUGGGAGGUUAGAAGGUUAACUGGGCUUGGUUUCAGCCCUAUCCUCUGCAACCUUAACCCUUUUGGGUUAAACUUAGAUGUAUGUAUGUAUAUAUUUUUGAAAAUUUUCACUGAGAAAAUAAAGUGAAAAAAGCAGAAACACAACACAACGAAACAUUGAAAUUGUGAUACAGUAUAAUAUAUGGGUGUAUAAGUAGUACAGUUAUUUCAGCAAAUGUAAAAUUAUCAUUAACACGUUACGCUUUUUAUAAAUGGAUCCCAAAUGUUGUUAUAUUUAUUCAGACACAGUCUGCAUCUAAAAGCAAUCUGUCUGUAUGUUGCAAGAGUUGUCAUGUCUUCUAUCCAUUGAUCAGAGGGGGCCAUGGUAUAUUCUUUCCAAUGGAUCAGUACCUGUGUUUUGGCAGAAGGGGGCAGAGAGACCACGUACUUUGACCCUGUAUAGUUGAUAUAUAGUUUGAAAUGAUGCAAUUAUUAUUAUUUGUAUAAUUAUUAAGUGCAUAAUUUCAAACUAUAUACCAACUAUACGGGGUCAAUGUACGUGGUCUCUUUGCGCCCUUCUGCCAAAACACAGAUAAUGAUUAUUCAUAAAGGAAACAGCUUAUAAGAAGUAAACAAGGAGGCCAGGAUACAGGAUAAAGGAAGUCUUUUAUUUGGUUGGCUGUAUUGUUGUAUGUUAUGCUCAUUGUAUGUUAUUUUCAUGUUUAAUGAGGGUGGAUUUCUGUUUUGGGGGGUGGGGGUUUAUGUUAUGUUGUAAAUAAAAUUCCAAUACAAAUUAAAAUAUUAAGAAACUGGGGUAAAAAGAAAGAAAGAAAUGAUGCAAUUAUCUGACAGGUUUAAAUUUUCCCCAUAGUAGUAUUUCCAAAAAUUUCUAAGUGUAGGACAUUGCAUAAACAUGAGUUUCAAAGAAGCAUUUUCCUUAUCGCAUCUCCAGCUGCAUGUCAUCAUAGCUUAAUCAUGGCUUUUGAGAUGCUGAUGAUAUUCCACCCGUCUAAAUGGUUCACUUGGCCAGAGAUGCUGUGCUCUUGCCACCUGUGGUUAUAGCUUAGGUGUGAAAGUUUGUUCCAACACAUAGGACCAAGGUGAUGCCCUGAAUUUCAUCUGCCUUCCCGCUCUCCCCUUAGGCAAUGGAGGAACUGGUGGAUUGUGGGCUGGUGAAAGCCAUUGGGAUCUCCAAUUUCAACCACUAUCAGAUCGAGAAGCUCUUGCAGAAACCUGGCCUGAAGCACAAACCUGUCAACCACCAGGUGAGUAGGGCUAGCAUCUCUGCCUGCUUCUGGAAAUGUUGCUGCGUUGAAGCUCCUCAGUACUGGGCACGGUCUCGUCAGGAACUGCUCCUCCACAACCUUACCUUGCGAGCUCCCCCAACACAGCUGAGCUUCCCUGCUUUCAUGGAUGUGGACAUCUCGAAGCUGGUCACUGGCUUGUGUUUGAAAAUCCUUAGCUGUGCUGCCUUCCUCAACUAGGCCGCAUCCACACCAUGCAUUUUAAAGCACUCUACCACUUUCUGCAGUCACGGCUUCCCCCAAAGCAUUCUGGGAGCUGUGCUUCGUUGAGGGCACUGCAUGUUGUUAGGAGACCUAUUCCCCUCUCAAAGUUCCCUGUGAAGAGGGAUUGACUGUUUAUCACCUUCUUAGAUAAUGUGUGUGUGUGUGUGUGUGUGUGUGUGCGCGCGCGCACAUUUGUGUUUGUAGAGUGGGAGGUGAGUUCGCCAAUGUUUUGUCUCCCCUAAAAUAGGACUAUUGUUCAAAGGAGUGUGUCAGUUCUUGCUAGUUGUGUAAUCCAGAGUUUUCUUGGGCUUGCAGAUUGAGUGCCACCCAUACCUUACCCAGGAGAAGCUGAUUCACUACUGCCAAUCCAAAGGGAUCUCUGUGACUGCUUACCGACCUUUCGGCGCCCAUACGUAAGACUGCUUUGAAUUAAACUUUUGGCUGGAUGAUAACAUUCAUUGUCCAGAUUGUUUGCUUUCUGUGUUUAUGUUGUGUGAUCAAGUGUAUAUGGCCAUGGAGUCAUUGAUGGGUCUGUGGAGCUUAUCUACUGUUGUAUUUAUUUAUGUAUUACCUGGUUUUCAUAUUACAUGACACAGUAUUCUUGCAAAUACAGAAUCCCUAAGCCUAGACUCUUCUUAAAUGCCUCCUGCAAAGGAAAAUCUCUCACCUUCCAAGGUCAGCAGCUACUGUUAGAAUUCCUGCUCUGUGAUUGCAGUCAUGGGAUUGUUGUCUUUCACAUGACUGUAUAUGUUUUGACUCCACAGAGUGGGAAGUGACGGAGACAGAAUGUUUGUGUUACUGUGUUCCGUGAAGUGGGACUACUGUCCUUUGUUCUUUUUCUCUUUGCUGUCUGAUGCUUGAGAGAGAGGGAGCCAUGUUGCAGUGCUCCGUGUGUGUUUAUAUGUAAAUAAAGUAGAUUAGCCAAAAUGCUGAGUUGCUGAGGUCUGUCACGCAAGCUGUGAAGACUCUGCGGAUCCCUAAGUGUGUCGAUGUCUGGUGGCAUCGGUCGCUGUGAUGUUUGGGCUGAAGAAAGCUUUUGAAGCUCCCGAAUGAUCGACCAGGAGGGAGGGAACGUGCCAGUCGGGCAUGUUUCUCUGCCAGGGUCCUACUCGAGUGUAGGACGAGCUCCUGACAGCUACUAGUUGCUCUACCUGUGUUGUCAGAAGCAGUAUGCCUCUAAAUACAAACUACUGAAUGCAAAGCACUGUUUUGCUUGUGUCCUGCUUGCAGGCUUCUUGUAGGCAUCUGAUCAGAUGGUGUGAGAACAGGAUCCUGGACUGGAUAGACCUUUUGACCUGAUGCAGAAGGGAACUUCUUAUGUCCUUAAAGGAUGUUGCACAGCUCUUCUCACUUGGAAGUUUUUCUAACAUUGAGGAAGGGUCAUUGAUUCUAGUCCUUGGCCUGGAGCAACAGAAAACCAGUCUGCUCCAUCUUAGGUGACAACCCUCUAAAUAAGUAGAAGACAGCGACUCGUUUGUAAACACCUGACUAAACUUCCUAACGGACAGAGACGUUCCGUGCAGGUGAUGGGCUCACCUUUGUUGGGGGGUGUUUUAAGCAGAGGCUAACUUAAGCUACCUGUCAGGGGUGUUGUAGUUGCAAACUGCACAGCAGACCUUGAACCGAGCAAGGGGUUGGAUGAGACUACUUCCAAGCUCCCUUCCAACACCCAAAAUUCUAUGAGAAUAAAAAUGAGAAUUGUGUUACUUGGAAGUAGUUUUGCCUGCUGCAAGACAGCUGCUUCUGCAGUUCUAUGUAGGAAAUCUAGGUUUUCUGCUUAGUGUCAUAUGUGCCAAAGAAAUAAGAGGAUAACUCUUUAAAGUUUCAAUCCAACACUUAGCUAGAAGCCCCAUUGAAUGCAAUGGGUCUUCUGAAUACACAGGCAUGGAAUCACACUGUUAAUGGGCGUAUUGGCUUUAUUUUGUAGUCUCAAGCCUGGGGACCCUAUCCUGUUGGAGGACCCAACGGUUAAAGAGAUUGCUACAAGGCACAAGAAGAGCGUCGCACAGGUAAAUAUGCUGAAGACAAAGAGUGAAUAAUGAGGCUGUCAGCCUGAACUUGGAUGGUGCCUCAUUUUUGCAUGUGGAAAAGCUGAGGGAAGUCUCAGUUAACGUGGGAGCUUCUCUGCUGAAAAUGUAGUGGAACCUUGGUUUUCGAACGUAAUCCGUUCCAGAAGACCGUUCAACUUCUGAAACGUUCAAAAACCGAAGCAUGCAUUUCUGGGUAUUCAGUGUUCGAACGCCGAACGAAACACUCAAAAACUGAGGUGCCACUGUAGUAUGGUGCAUCUGUGUAGUAAUUGUGGGAUGAGGGGUGCAGAUUCAGCUCAGAGAGCGUGGUGUAGCGGUUAAGAGCAGUGGACUCAUAAUCUGGGGAACCAGGUUCGAUUCCCCGCUCCUCCACAUGCAGCUGCUGGGUGACCUUGGGCUAAUCACACUUCUCUGAAGUCUCUCAGCCCCACUCACCUCACAGAGUGUUUGUUGUGGGGGAGGAAGGGAAAGGAGAAUGUUAGCCGCUUUGAGACUCCUUAAGGAGAGUGAAAGGUGGGAUAUCAAGUCCAAACUCUUCUUCUUCUUCAUCCCAGGCAUGUAGCCAUUCCUGUAUUUGCAUUUGCAAAUCAGCCCACCAGAAGGGGCUGAUCGGGGCCUGCGCUGGUGGUGGCAUAAUUGAACCAAGAGGAGUAUUGCAUUAGGAUCAUUGCAGAAUGCUGCUUUUCACAGCUGUUGAUUCCCAUCUAGGUUUGGAAGGACUGCUUAUUUUCUCCUUCUGAGGAGGCUGUUUGCUGUUCAUGCAAACAAACAUGAGAAUGAGAUGCGUAGUUUUGACUCUGCCAUGAAUUAAGCCUUUCAGCCAAUCCCCAUGGCAAGAUGAUUAAAGGGGUGGGGGAGAUAGGGAGACAGAUUAAAAUUAUUAUUAUUAUUAGCUGUUGCUGAGUUCAUUGGAAAUCUGAAAUGCUCAAAACAUUGGUCCACCCUUGUUGGAAACAAGUCUUGAUUUGCCCCUGCAGAUUCUGAUCAGGUUUCACAUCCAGAGGAACGUGGCUGUCAUUCCCAAGUCAGACAAACCACACCGCCUGGAAGAGAAUUUUAAGGUAAAGGAGAAUCUCCCUGCCCCAUUCUUAAUGCAGCCAUGUGGAUUUACCACUCACCUGAAUCAAAUAGCAGUAUGGGAAGGCUUGUAGUCCAGUGGUGUGGAGAGCAUAUGCUGUGCAUUUAGAAGGACCUAGGUUCAAGUCUUGGUAUCCUGGAGUUCUGUUGCUAGUCGCAGUGGAUGAUACAAUGGUCUGAUGUAGUAUGAAAAGGAUUCUGAGGAGCUGAAUGGCUAAUAGGUUUGUCCAGCCACCCUGCUGGCUGCUAGCUCCCAACACCAAACCCAUAAUCUUGAGAGUAUAAUCUGUGUUCCCAUAAUCAAAGAGCAUGGAGUGCAUGCCCCCCUCUGAACAUCCCAGUCAUUACUUUCUAGCUUGCAUUUGCAAUGCACUCUACGUGGGACUGCCUUUGGAGAUGACUUCAACUCGUCCAAAAUGCAGUGACCAGAUUGCUGCUUGGGGUUCCAGUUAGACCCACUUUCAAACAGCUGCACUAAUCCAAUGUGCUCACCUUGGGAUUUAGAGCUCAAAAGAAUUCAGGCCCCCAAAAUCUGAAAGACCACCUCCUUCCCCACCGACUCUCUUGGAUGUUAAGAUUGGCGGAAGGAACCUAUUUGGGUAGUUCUACUGCCCACAGAGGUUCGGGAGGCCAGCUUGAGAGAAAUGAUUAUUUGUGGCCGUCCCUGAGUUAUAGAAUGCUUUUCACACAUAAGUGCAUCUUAAUAUUGUAUUCCUAAAUUGCUGUCAUCUACCCUGGGCCCUUGUGGUAAGGCAAGAAGUCUAAUUAAUUACAUUGGUACCUCAGGUUACGUACGCUUCAGGUUACAGACUCUACUAACCCAGAAAUAGUACCUCGGGUUAAGAACUUUGCUUCAGGAUGAGAACAGAAAUCGUGCUCUGGCGUGGCAGCAUCAGGAGGCCCCAUUAGCUAAAGUGGUGCUUCAGGUUAAGAACAGUUUCAGGUUAAGAACGGGCUUCCGGAACGAAUUAAGUACUUAACCCAAGGUACCACUGUACUUAAUUAACAAUUUAGUGCAUCUGAGGCAAUGGUGUGUGCCAGAGUGGUACAGUGGUUAGAGUUGAACUUCUGACCAGGGAGACCUGGACUCAACUCCCGACUCAGCCAUGAAACUCAACAUCUGCCAAACAUCCUCACAGAGGAUGCCACCCUGGGUUCCUUGGCAGAAGGCUGUGGUAAAAUGACAGUAACUGUGGCAUUCUGGAAGUUUCCAUGCACACAGGAGCAACUACUCUUACUCACAUACCAUGCCUUCAUCAGUAGGAAUGUUAAUGUUCUCAGUUUCAAAACUGGGCACCCUUUCUCUCCCAACCACACACACACACACCGGGCUACCUUGACAUUUCAUUAUUCAGCCCAUGAGCCAGGGGAAUGUAGCUCACUUUUUUCAUUCUUUUUAAAAUUAUAGGUCUUUGACUUUGAAUUGACUAAAGAAGAGAUGGCGACUCUCCUCAGCUUGAACAAAAACUGGAGAGAUUGUGUGAUGGCUCAGUAAGCUUGACACUUCCAUGCUCUUCUCUUUUUUAGUGGGAGGUUUAGGAGGGGUUAUAAAGCAUUUUUAUUUCUGUAGUGCGCCCACAGCCGCCAGUAGUUUCUGUUCCAAAUUCUUUCCAACUUUUCUUAAAAACACAAAGCGCCGCCUCAAUCAAAUAUAAUUAAAAAGUAACCCCUUUCCCUGCUGCCUUGACAUCCUGCUAAGCGUAUGCUGUGGCAUUUUGCCUGAAAAAUGCUUGACUUUAGGCAACGAGAGCUGUCACACAGAGAAGGGGGGCCUGGAGCUAAUGGGCUGACAUCACAGUGGGGUAGAUUUUGGUUGAACUGUAGAAUUAAGGGCAAGGGCUGUUGGGCAAUGGUACUGACUAUCAGAGGAACAGUGGGAUUUCCUUUAAUGGAGACAUUCUUGUGGACUGCCGUAACUCUGCAUUUUCUGCUUUGAGAUGGGUUUGGACUAGGUAGCAUACAAAGUUGUGUUAAACCACUCUUAGCAUUGUAUUUGAAUUGCUGCAACCCACCCAGGAACCUUAGGGUGAAGGGCGAGUAGCAAACUGAUGAUAAUAAUCCUCUCCCACCCCAUGGUUUUACCUUUCAUGAAUUCAAACUCAUGAAGCUUUUUCCAUGUCCUGUUCUUGCAGUUCUGUCAGUCACAAAGACUACCCCUUCAAAGCCGAUUACUAAGAACCGAAGCUGCUCCGGAUGCAGAAUUAUUGUCUUUGGGACUCCUGCGUCACGAAGCUCUAGUGCAGGUACCUAUUCUUAGCCAACCACUUUGGGUCUUUCAUCCGAAAGAAGAGGAGAAAUAUUCAGGCCAAGUGGAAUGAACAACCAGAGGACUCCACAGAAGCAGCACAAGUGGAUGAUGUUGUAAAAGGCUACCUUCCUCAUCUCUCUCUCCCUCUCGCCCCAUCUACUGAAAUUGGCCAAGUAUUGAGUGUUGAUCAAGGACCCUACCAGAGGGUUCUUGAUGGCUGUGAUGCUUUUGCAACAUCACUUGCAUUGGGUGAACCCACCUGCAAGUGGGCUUGAGAGAAAAGCUUGGUUUAUUCUGGGGAUGGGGAACCUGUGGCCUUCCAGAUGUUGUUGGGACUCCCAUGAGACCCACAUAGCACGGCCAGCGCUCAGGGGCUAUGGGAGUUGUAGCCCAAACAGUAUCCAGAGAGCCAUAGGCUCCGCCACCUGAUUUAUUUGAACCAGUUUGUGAACCACAGGGGAGAAGGAGUUUUCUUCUCCAGUUCAGAUUAAAAUCUGGGCCAGAGAAGAAUUUUUGGGUCCUAAUGCUUGCCUUACAUUUAAGGGUAAGUAUUAUGCACCACCCAGUUGUGCAUUCUGGGCCAGUGAAAUCCAAACACCUUACCUGUUUUGUUACUGAGUGGUGUGUACCUUUUGGAAAUAAUAAAAAUAAUUCCCACACCAACACUUGGGUAACCUGAUUCAUGCCACCUGUUUAAGAUCUUCUGCCCAUUGCAUUUUGUCUUUCUCAUCCAGUGAACUGGGAGCAGCCUCUUGCCUCUGACCCUUUUCAACAGGUUUCACAGCAGACCCUGUGGCUACACAGAAGGGGGCUAAACACACAGCCUGAUCCUAUCAGUACCUUAAAUUAUUUGGCGGGGGAAGAGAACACCCAACCACCUGGUAGACAUACUGCAUUUAUUGUGAAUUGCAGGUUCAACAUACUGGUUUUAUUGCAGAUACUUGAAUGUAAAGAGUCCAAAAAGUGUAUUAAAAACAACAAACCACCACCAAACAGUAACAGACGGAUCCAAAAGCCAUUCACUGCAUGAUUUCAUUCUGAAAGCCCAAGUGAAAUUCAAUAUGUAAACAAGAAGGUUUUAAAAUAAAAAUAGGGCAGAUGGAGGCAACGAAAACAAAAAGCAGUAACAAGGCAAUAACCGUUCCCAGGCUAUAAUUUGCAUCUGAGAAGUGGGCCAGAAAACCUGAACAAUGAUAAACUGAGUUGCCUAUUUUGACUCCACCCAUCUAAUUUAUGGUGUAAAAGCAGAACCUCGUGCGAUAAUAAAUUCAAACCUAACUUGGUCACCCUUGAGGCUGCUAUAUAUACAAGUCAAAUGAUAUGGCUGUAAGUAAGGAAUUUUGGGAGGAAGCUUUGGGGGGGGGUGAGCCUCCCCCUUCAUCAACACCCCAGCUCCCAAAAUGCACCCGGUGCAGCUGCAGUUCUUUAGGAGAGAACGUCCGCACAGGGUUCAAUGGAGCCCCCUUCAUCCCCACAACCCAGCUGGCCUUUGACCCUGCAGUACAAAUAACUGGCGUGUUCAGCCUGAGGUGUGCUUAGGCCCUUUUGUGGCACUACACCUCUGACCAAGGGCCAGGGGGAGGAAGGACAGAGGUGUUGUAUGCAUAUAGCUGCAUCUACAAGUGGCUGGCCUAUGCCUAUUUUAAAAGAGACCAAGAUGCAUAGAGACCUGAUAAAGGGCAAAUCUAGCGUGCGGUAAGUUAGAAAUAGUGUGUCGCCAACAAUGUGUACGUGUGUCUCGUGUGUGUUAAUUACGGUAGUUUUAUAUAAAUUAGCUACAUUGUUUUAUACAAGUGACAUUAUGCUUGACGCUUAAUACCCUUUCCAACCCCCCCUCCCUCUUUAAAACUAUACUUUUAAUUACCCAUUAAAAGGCAUCUGAUACUUUCUUUAAAAAACAAUCUAAUAUUUCUCUUGCCACGUGCUUAAUGGCAAUUAUGAAAUCUUAAUAUAAAAAGUGUGUAUUUUUUUUUUUUUUGUAAAAACAAAAAAGUUGUGAUAUUGGCUAGUUAUGUACGUUUAUAACUAAAUAUAGUACUCUAGCGGGUAUUAAAAGCCUUCUACCAUUAGUAGUGCCUUACAGCUAAUUUUUGUAAAGCUUUAUGCAUAUAUUCUAAAGUUGCAAGUAACCAAAAUGACAACAACAACAACAAAAAAGGAGAGAGAGAAAAGCUAUCAGUACCGCUGUCAACCGCAAUCAUCCAAAUUUAGGUUAUUAACUUAAAACUAGACGGGAAAAGGAACGAUACCUUAAAGUACAGAGCAGGUUUCAACUGGGUGCCGAUUUGACAUGGGCAAAGUACAGGAUAUAUAUAUAUAUUGUCAGCAAAAGGUAUUUCUUCCAUGCCUCAAUCUAAAGUGCAGAAAGAAAGAAAAAUAACAGGGCUCAAUCCAGCUGUGGAAGUGGGAAGAAUUUGUGGGGGGUCCACAGUGGCCCGUUCCCUGUGGUCUCCCCAGUGGCAUUCAUUUUUGCAGAGUGGGGGAAACGCUUGCCUCCUCUCACCUCCUGCCGUGUGGUUGACCUCAUGCCACAUUUUUCCUGGCCCUGCUGCAAAACAAUAUUUUUAAAAAUACUGUUAAUGGACCAGGCACUGUUGCAACAGAGCAUCGGUGUGAUGUACCCAUGCCAUAUGCGAUUACAUCCCAGGGAAGAUGCGCAAAUCGUGGGCUUCCAAGGGAGAAUGCAACAGGGAAUUAAUGCCAAACCCAUCUGUGUUCAGUAAGGAGCCAGCGGCAAAUAGGUCGUUUACACCUCUGCCUUUAAAAGCCAUCGAAUGCUUUUAAUUUCUUCGCCCCCUCAGUGUUCCAGACUGAUCCAAUCUUAUUCCUAAGCAUCAUUCCGUUGAACUAGGACUGCAUUUGGGAGGUGUACACACUAGAGGGCGCCCCUCUUUUACGGCACUAACACAGUCUUGCUCAGACACACAGUUGGUUAGAGCUACUCAGUAGAAGUGUCUCUCGUUUCACAGCGUGGAUUUCUUUUUAAGAAUAAAGCUCUUGUUCGAAGGCACUACUAUUAGGAUGAAUGCUUUAAGGCUGAUUAUUAAAUACAGUGCUAAUAUACAUGGUGUCUUUUGUUUUUUUAAAAAAUGGGAUAACGCACCAAAAAACACAGCGGACCCCCCAAUCCCCCCCCCUCCCCUCCCGAAGGCCUUCUGGUAAACAAACAUAAAUAUAUAUAAAAGGAAAGGGACAAAUUUAGCACUUCCGUUAUUAAAAACCGAGUUGGUCCAGCAUCAUUGGAGAGUUUCUUAGGGUUCCUUUUCAAAUUGUCUCAAACCUGCUGAAAGAAAGAGAAGUUAGGGGGUAGCAUAGAUUCACAAUAAAAUGCCAUUCCUCUGACCUACAGUGGUACCUCAGGUUACAUACGCUUCAGGUUACAUAGGCUUCAGGUUACAAACUCCGCUAACCCAGAAAUAGUGCUUCAGGUUAAGAACUUUGCUUCAGGAUGAGAACAGAAAUCGUGCUCUGGCGGCGCGGCGGCAGCAGGAGGCCCCAUUAGCUAAAGUGGUGCUUCAGGUUAAGAACAGUUUCAGGUUAAGAACGGACCUCCAGAACAAAUUAAGUACUUAACUCGAGGUACCACUGUAUUUGCAUAACCAAGAAAUCCUAAAUUGUGACAAAGACUGCUGAUUAUGCCAUGGGUGAAUCUGUCAAGCUUUGGUUUCUUGUAGUUUCUCAGUUUUUAAGUUCAGUUCUCCACCUUGGGGCUUUUUUUAAAGAAAAAAAUACUCCCCAUGAAAAUUCAGCAGCACUUUAGUGCAAAUGACUCUUAAUACACGCUUUCUUUUGCAAAGCAUAUUUUCUCCAAUAUUUAUAUUUUUUCCUGAUAUAAUGCAUUUUUGUGCACAUUAUUACUUGGCUGGCAAACUGCCCUGCAAAAUUCAGAGGAGAACAAAUUCUGAAGUGUGGCUGUGUUUUGCUUGACAUGGUUUUUAUGUGAAAAAGUUUGGAUUAGGUUGAUUAGUGGCCUCUAAAUACAACUUGAAUCACAUUUCUCCCUAGUGCUGAUUCAGCGUUCUGAUGCUGAAUCGGCAAAUUGCAAAGAGCCCAGGUACCCCAGGCAGUUAUUAGCAAUACCCCUUUGCUCACUCUAAGGUCUAGAAUUGGUUUGCAAUCACUUCUGCACUCCCAUCUGCCGCUAUAUAACUCAAAUAAUAUCCACUGUAUUGUUUACCUGCUAACUGAUUAUCAAAAGGGUAAAGCAUGAAGACUUAAGGAAUGAGGAACUUUAAAAUUUUAAGUGCCCAUCAUCCCUGACCACUGGCCCUGCUUACAGUGCGAGUUGGGAGUCUUAGCAAAAUCUGGAGUGCCACAGGUUCCCCACCUCUUGUUUUAAGCCAAUAAUGCGAAAAAAGACUUGAAGGAGAAAGAAGAGGAUCCAUCACACCGAAACCAUAGGUACCAACCCCGCACCCCCCUCAUAGCAGCAACUUCCCCACUCAACCAAGCCCUCCUAAAAAAGGAAAGAGAAAAGCACCACCCCAGUUUAAAAAAAAUAAAAUUUGGUGGAGGACCUCAACUCCAAAGCACAUAAAACUAGAUAGCAAACAUAAUUUUGUUGUUGUUUAGUCGUGUCUGACUCCUCGUGACCCCAUGGACCAGAGCACGCCAGGCACUCCUGUCUUCCACUGCCUCCCACAGUUUGGUCAAACUCAUGCUGGUAGCUUUGAGAACACUGUCCAACUAUCUCGUCCUCUGUCGUCCCCUUCUCCUUGUGCCCUCAAUUUUCCCAACAUCAGGGUCUUUUCCAGGGAGUCUUCUCUUCUCAUGAAGUGUAUUGGAGCCUCAGCUGCAGGAUCUGUCCUUCCAGUGAGCACUCAGGGCUGAUUUCCUUCAGAAUGGAUAGGUUUGAUCUUCUUGCAGUCCAUGGGACUCUUAAGAGUCUCCUCCAGCACCAUAAUUCAAAAGCAUCAAUUCUUCAGCAAUCAGCCUUCUUGAUAGUCCAGCUCUCACUUCCAUACAUCACUACUACAUAAUACUACUCUGUUAGUCUAGACUCUUGUAACCAAACAUCUCCCUCCACUAUCAGAGAAAGUCUAUUGGGGCUAUUUAUCUAAUACAGAAUGUUGUUCCUCAUCCAAACUAAUCUUAAAUUGCAAACCCUGCUCCACCAAAAGUGCUCCCUCGCUUAUGCCACCAUUCCUGGAAUCCGCUUCUCAAACUAGAGCCACCCUGGAAGCAUGCUCACACCAUGAACACCCCCAAAAUAUUGUUGUUUUACUUACCAUUGGUCUCUGACUUUUUGCCGGUCGCUGUCGCCUGAAUUACAGAAGAAGAGCACAAAGUUGAAAGGUCAGGUCAGGUUUUUUCUGUUCACAUAUAAUAAUAGCAUAGCGUUUAUUUCCAGCAGAUUGCUAGAUACUGUUCAGAAGAAAGGAAUAAAGAGAUGAAAAAUACUGAGCUUACAGAGGUGGCUCUUUGCGAUCUCUUACCUUUGUGGGGGAAGUGACUUUUUCAACCGACUGCUUCUCCCAGAGGUUACGUUUGCCGGAUACGUCUCCAGGUUUUAAGUCCUAGUUCAAAGAAGGAGACGGGGAAACAAAGCAAGAAGUUUGAAAAAGAGAAAGCAGUUAAUGAAAGGUCACUACACGUGGAAAGACUGACAUUUGUGCAAUAGAACUUACCCUCCCUCCCAUCAUGUGCACCCCCCAGGCUGGGGGAACCCCAGGGCAGAUUGGGGUGAGAUGCUCAGGGGAAGGGAGAGAGGCUAUGUGCCAUGAUGCAAGCAAUGGCAUAGUUCGAUCCAAACAAAGUUGUAUCUUAUUUAGACCCCUUAAGGCCAAUUUCAUAUACGUACAUUGCCACGAGUCUUUCAUCAUUUAUUGAAAAGGGCCCCACUGACAUAAACAGGACUUGUAUGAAUGGAAGCCUGGUUAUGACUGGGACUGCAGGACUACGGUUUUGUGGCUUAGCACGAUGGUAGCUCAGAAAGAGAUUUACCUGACUAGUUUAACAGAAAACAGCCAGUCCAAGAGAAGAAUAGAACAGCAGGUAUCUGGAAUCCAGCCAAGGAGAUGAUGGUGAAAAGAGGAGAGAAUAGAGAAAUCAACUGAGAAAGAGAGAAUGAAUUGGAGAAAAGGACAGGUAAGUCUUGAUCCACUUCUGUUGCUCUUGCACACGCCCACAAACUAAUUGCAGUGCCAAUUUAUGUUGCAUGAAAUUUACUUCUCUGUGUACUUGCAAACAUCCAUCGAGGAGUUUUGACCAGAGGUGGAGAAGAGCAUACAAAUUGACCGAAAAUGGGGAGCCCUUUCCAGCCCAAGGGCUGCUUUGCAUCAAGGGCAACCUUCCUUGGGGGCUGGGGGCUGUGUAUGCCAGUAGUGGGUGGGGCCAUAGGCAAAAGUGGGUGGAGCAAUAGGUGUGACCUUUGCUCAGUAAGCUAUAUUCCAGCCAUGCAAAAAGUCAGAGGCUUCUACAUCCUCGCAAGCAAGAGGCAUUUUCACAAUUCAAGGACACAUUCCAGGAAGGCAGAAGAGCUCGAGGACAGCAUAGAGAAGGACAGGGACUGGUAAAGGGCUGGACACAGAUCUGAAGGGCCUCAUUUGAUGCCCUGGCCCUGCGGUUCCCUGAAUUGCAGGGGGUUGGACUCUGAUUCCCCAUCUCUGUUGUAGGGAAACUGGCCACCAGGAACUAAUGGUGGCUGCUACCAUCGCCUCUUUCUCCCUGCUAGCAUCUGGUAACUGAGGAGACACACAUUCCAAACAUAAAGGUCCCACUAUUAUGAUUAAUGGCCCUUCUCAAUUGCAGGGUCCAUGAAUUAGCCUACUUGAUCACCUACAGCCUUCAUGCACGACAGCCUCUAUCUUGCACUGGUUCCUUCCCUGCUCCGGCCAUUCACAGUACAAGGCACGUCCCCAUGCUCAGAAGCCAUGGGUGAUGGCAAAGAGGAGGAGGAGGAAAAGCUGACUCCAUAUAAGAAGAUCAAGCACCUCUACCACCACCAAAAUACGAAGCCAGGAAAGGUAAAGGUACCCCUG